AAUAAUAAUAAUAAUAAUAAUAAUAAUAAUAAUAAUAAUAAUAAUAAUAAUAAUAAUAAUAAUAAUAAUAAUAAUAAUAAUAAUAAUAAUAAUAAUAAUAAUAAUAAUAAUAAUAAUAAUAAUAAUAAUAAUAAUAAUAAUAAUAAUAAUAAUAAUAAUAAUAAUAAUAAUAAUAAUAAUAAUAAUAAUAAUAAUAAUAAUAAUAAUAAUAAUAAUAAUAAUAAUAAUAAUAAUAAUAAUAAUAAUAAUAAUAAUAAUAAUAAUAAUAAUAAUAAUAAUAAUAAUAAUAAUAAUAAUAAUAAUAAUAAUAAUAAUAAUAAUAAUAAUAAUAAUAAUAAUAAUAAUAAUAAUAAUAAUAAUAAUAAUAAUAAUAAUAAUAAUAAUAAUAAUAAUAAUAAUAAUAAUAAUAAUAAUAAUAAUAAUAAUAAUAAUAAUAAUAAUAAUAAUAAUAAUAAUAAUAAUAAUAAUAAUAAUAAUAAUAAUAAUAAUAAUAAUAAUAAUAAUAAUAAUAAUAAUAAUAAUAAUAAUAAUAAUAAUAAUAAUAAUAAUAAUAAUAAUAAUAAUAAUAAUAAUAAUAAUAAUAAUAAUAAUAAUAAUAAUAAUAAUAAUAAUAAUAAUAAUAAUAAUAAUAAUAAUAAUAAUAAUAAUAAUAAUAAUAAUAAUAAUAAUAAUAAUAAUAAUAAUAAUAAUAAUAAUAAUAAUAAUAAUAAUAAUAAUAAUAAUAAUAAUAAUAAUAAUAAUAAUAAUAAUAAUAAUAAUAAUAAUAAUAAUAAUAAUAAUAAUAAUAAUAAUAAUAAUAAUAAUAAUAAUAAUAAUAAUAAUAAUAAUAAUAAUAAUAAUAAUAAUAAUAAUAAUAAUAAUAAUAAUAAUAAUAAUAAUAAUAAUAAUAAUAAUAAUAAUAAUAAUAAUAAUAAUAAUAAUAAUAAUAAUAAUAAUAAUAAUAAUAAUAAUAAUAAUAAUAAUAAUAAUAAUAAUAAUAAUAAUAAUAAUAAUAAUAAUAAUAAUAAUAAUAAUAAUAGUAAUAAUAAUAAUAAUAAUAAUAAUAAUAAUAAUAAUAAUAAUAAUAAUAAUAAUAAUAAUAAUAAUAAUAAU